AUGGCGUCGACCGCCAAACGGAAGACGUCGCCGGCCAGCUUCCUCCUCAAGCUCCGCGAGGUCCUGGCGCGCGAGGACCCCGCCGUCAUCAGCUGGGACGGCGACGGCAAGAUCACGAUCGGCGACCCGAAGCGCCUCGGCGACGAGGUGCUGACGCGCUACUUCCGGCACGGCAACUUCUCCAGCUUCCAGCGCCAGCUCAACUACUUCGGGUACUACAAGGUGCAGGGCAAGGGCCGCCUCUCGGCCUGCGUCUACACGAACGACGCGCUCGCGGCCGCCGAGGGCGGCCCGCCGGACCUGCCCGUCGACGCGCUGCUCGCCCUGAAGCGCAAGUCGAGCCGCGAGGGCGCCGCCGCCGCCGCCGCCGCCGCCGCCGCGCGCCGCGCGCCGGCGCGGCCCGGCACGGCGCGCCAGGCCUCGAUGCGCGCGGCGCGCGCGGAGAAGGAGCAGGCGCGGGCCGCGCAGGCGGUGUCGGUGUCGCCGGACCCGCGCGCCGCCAAGCGGCCCCGCGCGCUCUCCGAGGGCACGGUCGUGACCGUGGAGACGCUCGCGAGCGACGUCGGCGAGCUCGAGGACCCGCUCGACGCGUUCUUCGACCACUCGCCGGCCCUCUUCUGCGAGGAGGCGUGGGACGCGCCGCCGCCGCGGCCGCCCUCGCCGGGCUGGCUCGGCGGGGGGUGCGACGCGGCCGCCGCGGCCGCCGCGGCCGCCGCGCCGCCGCCCGGCGCCUGGGCCGACCGCCCCAUCGCCGCGUCGCGGCCCGAGCUCUGGAUCGGCCCGGCCGUCGCGAGCCCGUUCUAGAAGCGCGCGCGCCCCCCCUGUCCAUACGUCAUACGGCGCCCCCUGUCCAUAAGACUCCUGUACAGUGAGGCCUCCUAUUGAGUUCGACU